AUGGGCAUUCAACUCAAGUUUGCUCGUGAAGCAAGUUCUUUCACCUCUCACUUUAUGCAGACGCUCUUCGGUAGGAUACACGGCUCUUGUACCCCGAGAGACACUCGGAGAGUGGGAAAACACUUCGCCCCAACUGCUGAGAGAGAUUUUGGUCAGUCAGCCGGCCAGACCGACCCCAUUCCUUCAACUGGUGUCCUGUCAGAAAUGCAUUGA